AUGGCGCCUCUGUCCCUGUCAACUCAUGUUCAACUUAUUGGUACUGAUGGAGGUGCGGGUGGUGGUGAUGGUAGUCACGGAGUUGGUGGUAGUGGUGAAGAUGAUGAUGAUGAUAGUGGAAGUGGUGAUAGUAGCACUAGUGUUGUUGGAGGUGGUAAUGGUGAUGGUGGUGGUGGCCCUGGGGUUCAAGUUCAACUUAUUGGUGUUGAUAGAGGUAGGGGUGGUGGUGGUGGUACCCUCAGAGAUGGUGGUGACGGUGGUGGUGGAGUUCGUGGUGGUGGCAUCAUAGGAGGGAGAUGCAUAUGA